AUGGAUUCCUCCAAAAUCAAAACACGGAUCGUCAUUCUCUCGGACACUCAUGGGGCCAAACCCAAGCCUAGGACAGCCCAGGAUCCCGACUCAGAUACAGAGUUGUCCCAAAAUUACCGAAUUGUCAUGCGGCUACCCACUGGAUUCCGACAUCCACUCCCAGAGGCCGACGUUCUCAUUCACUGUGGCGAUCUCACCAAGAGAUCACGAGCAGAGGAGUUCGAGGCGACCUUCUCGAUGUUGCGGGAAGCGCCAGCGAAGCUCAAACUAGUCAUUGCCGGAAACCACGACGGGGCACUGGACGCAAAGUUCUGGGACCAGUACGCAGAUGAGCAACCUAAGGAACCGGGAGACGAGACCACGUCCCGGAAGGCCUGGAGGAUCAUCAAGGAAGCAGAGCAGGAUAGUGUACGUUUUCUCGACGAAGGCACACACAACUUUGCGUUGGACAAUGGCGCAGUCCUUCGGAUCUAUGCUUCACCAUGGACUCCUGAAUAUGGACUCUGGGGGUUCCAGUAUGAUGUUGACGAGGGCCACAGCUUCAAGAUUCCGCAAGAUAUAGACGUAGCGAUGACACACGGGCCGGCCGAGGGGAUUCUGGACCUGACCAGGGGUCACGAUCAUGCCGGAUGUCCGUUUCUUCUCAGUGCAUUACAGAAAGCGAAGCCACGGAUUCAUUGUUUUGGGCACAUUCAUGAGGCUUGGGGUGCAUAUCUGGCCAAGUGGGGGAAGCUAGCCGCCGAGGGUGUCGACGAGGCUGCCUCCCGGACUAUCAUGGACCUGGAUGACUUCUGGCCCGUGAUGGCGGAUGACGACGAGGGGUACGCAUCAAGGGUUCAGAUGCUGAAGAAGAUUAGGAAAGAAGGCGGCAUCGGAAUUGACCUCACAGCACUUGAGGCGUCUGGUGCCGGGAAGGACCAGACAUUGUUCUUGAACGCAGCAGUAAUGAAUUUGGGGUACAGGCCUGCGCAAAGCCCCUGGAUCGUGGACAUUGAUCUGCCACAGAAGGAAUCGGGAUAG